AUGAGUGACAAUGAUCCAGGACGUGUCACGUACGAGUUGUUGCGAACUCACGGGGACCAGGAGAAUGCAGAGACGCACAAGGAGAUGCUCCGAGCGCUAAGCUCCGUACACGUCGACUGCGAGAGUGCCGACGUCUUGCAGCGUCUCCACGCGACGGAGUUCGUAUUGCUGCGAGGUCGAGAGCAUCGAGAAGAGAGGCAUCAGGUUUCUAAGCGGAGAAGUCGAGUGCGGGGCAAAUGGAGGCGACGACAGCAGCAGGAAGGAGCGACACUCGUGGACAUGCACAGGUGUUACCCGAAGCUCUUUGAAGGGACGAUGGGGAACGACCUCAACUUUACUGAUGACGUGUGGAGCGGACCCCCCCAGGCUGCUGAAGUAGCAGUGCCAAGCGAACCUGCACCACAGCCAACGCCUCCCCCUCUGAGUGAUCUACUGAGUAAGAGUAGAGUGAGGCUGCCUCAUGAAGAUCCUGACCUCUUUGGUGCGGGUACCCGACCCAAUGCUGUCAAUCCGUUCCAGACUGCUUCUGAGCGACUGCAGUGUGACCGCAUGUCAGGAAGAGCCAGGAACGUCGACGAUGAUGAACGUCGAAGUAGAAAUGAUCGACGCAGGAACCCACGUGGUCCAUCACGCGGUGUCUAUCAUCCUGUAAACCAAGAUCUUCUUCUCGGUGGCAGUGACAAUGACAACAAUGGCUACAUAUCUGGGCCGUCUGCAGUCAGCAAAAAGUUUGUGUCCCCAACGAACGAUGGCGGGGCGAGCAAAGGUAAAAAGCAGACUACUCCGCCCGACGAGGACGAAAAUAUUGAUCCGCGCCUUAAAAGCUGUGACCCGGAACUAAUCGAGAAGAUUGAAAUGGAAAUUGUGGACAACGGAGACCCGAUUACAUUCGACGAUAUUGCGGGACUGCAAUUUGCCAAGAAGUGCGUGAACGAGCUGGUGAUUUGGCCCAUGGCGCGGCCAGAUAUAUUCACGGGACUCCGCUCUCUUCCGAAAGGUUUGCUUUUAUUUGGGCCACCUGGUACCGGUAAAACGUUGAUCGGCAAAGCAAUUGCAAGCCAGUCUGGGGCGACCUUUUUCAGUAUUUCUGCUAGCUCCCUAACGAGCAAAUGGAUUGGCCAAGGAGAGAAGCUCGUUCGAACGUUGUUUGCCGUCGCAGCUGUCAAGCAGCCCUCUGUGAUAUUUAUUGAUGAAAUUGACUCAUUAUUGACACAACGAAGCUCAGAAGAAAAUGAGGCGAGCCGGCGGAUGAAGACGGAGUUUCUGGUGCAACUUGACGGAGCUGGCACGAAAGCCAAGGAUAUCAUCCUAGUUGUUGGCGCGACAAAUCGACCUCAAGAGCUUGACGAGGCAGCACGUCGACGAUUUGUCAAGCGUUUGUACAUUCCUUUGCCGUCGUUUGAAGCCAGAUUGGACUUGGUUAGUCGGCUGCUCAAGGAUAACAGGAAUAACUUGACCGACGAGAACAAGACUUUCAUUGCCGAGUCAACGAAAGGGUAUUCGGGUGCAGAUGUGCGAGCACUUUGUACUGAGGCUGCGAUGGGUCCGAUCCGGAAUUGUGCCGAUAUUCGCACGAUGGAUGCCAAUUCCGUUCGUCCUAUCAACUCGGACGACUUUAAAGAAGCUUUGCGUGGGGUUCGUUCCAGUGUGGCAGCGAAAGAUCUUGCGUUUUACAAAGAGUGGAACGAGGAGUUUGGAAGUUUUGCCUUCGAAAGCCACGACUCAUCGUAACUCGGGUGGAGUGCCUGCUCAGUCGUGCCUAGAAAUGCGAAGCUAACGUGGACAGCAUGCGGACGUGGCGUAUUAUUGUCUUGUACGUCGAAGUAGUAAAUAAAGUGAAUCCAUGGAGGUAGCACUGGUCGACGCUCAGGUGCUCGGGGACAAGUAUUCCGUCUCUUCGAAUGGCAUGUUGAGUCUUCUCCGUUUCUGCACGGGCUCCAACGACGACCCAGAGUGGCGAGUAGUUGCGCGCACGAUAGUUAAAGCCAUGGAUGGGCAGCUCUCGAUCUCCUCGCGGAAGUUCUCGUCGUCGACGAUCUCGCUUGUGUGAUUCAUGAAGAAAGCGAGGCAGUAUUCCUUCAAGUAC